ACCGUUCAAAGUUCAAGGUUACUCGCUUGGAUUAUAAACCUGUAGCUGUUGUCAUUGGAGUGUUUCCAACAGUAAUUGGCAGCUAUAGUCACAAUUUGUAAGUAAAUUAAAAUCUAUUGCAGAUCGGAACGUAAAUUUCAUUUCUAAAAACAUGUCAUUAGAACGUUUUGAGGUCUCGUUUUACAUUUCUAUAUAGUCUUUGCAAGUAAUAAUAUCCCUUCAGCACAACUAAGACCUAAUCCUACUGGAAAUGAGCUGGGGAUUAUUGAGAUUGUUCGCGUUAAGUACGGAUUGCACAAUGCCUAUAUAGUGAACUACUCCGUUCCGCAAAAUAUUUUUCAAAAAUCCAUUUGACUCGGUGACAUUUAGUGCAUGUCCUGUUUCUUACGUCAUAUAAUAAUAUUGAUUGUCAGGCGGCAAGACCAUAAUUUAUGGACAAACCAGUCAGACAUGAGACGACAGGUUUCAUUUUAGCGUGGAUUUCAUUUACCCGUUUGGCUAAAUAGCGUUUUGUCGUUAUAACCCUAAAUCUAAUUCCUAACCUUAACCAUCAACCGAUAAUCAUUAUCAUAAUUUUUCACACCGAUUUAUAACCCUCACGUAGUCCUAGUUAUCAGGUGCACCUUCAAGGUCACUUAAGUGUUCCACAAAGGAUGUCUAUAAGAAUAGUGUCACUACUUGUGGAAAUUACAUCGAGUCUUCUUUUGUCUUUAAAUUAUUAACUCCAUCAAUCACUUCUCCUGUUAGGGUCAAGUUUAUUGGGUUUGUUUGCACAUUAGUUACAUGUGGCACAGGCCAGAUGUCCGUCUUCUAACCAAAUGGCGAGUUCAUUCCGUUCUAUUUAAUGGAUAUGAAACAUGGUCAUUAAGAGUAGAGGAUAUUCGAAGGUUACUACUAUCCAAUCAUUGCUCGUGUAUUUUGGGAACACGGAGAAAACAAUCUCUGGACUAGGCAUAGAGUACUAGGUAAAUACGAUAAAUCGAUUGAUGAGGUACUCAGUCUCCAAUUGAGGUGGCUGGAGCAUGUGUUGCGUAUGCCUAAUCACCACCUACCUCAACGGGAAAAGUCUGGUGUAACAGCAGGUUGAAAGAAAGCUAGGUAAACCAAAACAUGGAAUGAAUCUCGUAGAGCUCCUAAAAAGAAUGCCUUGCUGCUGUUUGCUUUGAUUGAUUACUUCUUCAACAGCAUUUGAGACAGUUGGUCAGUACUUGUGUUUCAUCACAUUGGUUUCCAGUCCUUUGGGUGUCCGUAGAACUCAGAGUUAAUAUUCACACUUGAACCUAGUAUCUAUAACUCCAAACGUCAAAAUGGUGUGAAAACCAACUCUAGAAUCCAGACACAUUUAGGUAACAAGUUUUUAAACGAACUAAAUAGACUUUCUGCAUUCUAAUGCUUUCUAGAUUUAAGGACGGAGGGUUUGCACGACAUUUAUGCCUAUUUGUAAAUUUCAUCUUAUUAGCUGUCGUAUACGAACGCGUGAGCACUAUUAUAGAAAGAUAUAACGAUCACUUAAUUAUUAAAAACUUGUAAUAAUAUAAACGCCUAGGUCAUCUUGAGUGGAUUUCACUUUUCGCUUUGGGCUUACCAAGUAAAUAAUAUCCAGUCAAUUGGAAAGACCGUGUGGUGAAUUUUUUAUGUAAUUGUAAUACUUGACUUUUUUUAAACAAUAGACCCUCAAUAUUGCUCAUUAACCAGAGGAUCAUUUUCAUGAAAGUGAAGUUCUGAACAUUGAAUGAAUGCAGAAAAAUUUAACCUUUAAAUCUUAGUCUUACUUCAACAUCUGUUAUCAGUUUUCAUAUUGAAAAGCCUACUUCUGAACUAUUUAUCACCUAGCUUAUGUGCUUAAAAUAUUUUUCUCACGGUUUGGCUAUUUCAAUUAGGGUAAACAACUAGUCCGCACAGUUUAAUUUUCGUGUACUCACCUUUUAUCAGAUGUUCCACAAGCUCACCGUUUUACCGUCCUCUACUCAAGGAACAGUCAUCGUAAUAAUCUGAAUAAAGUUGAAAAACUAGAUGGACUCAUAUAAUUGAAGACUGCACAUUGUACAGUGGAUUUCUUGAAGCAUAUCGAGAGAAAUCUUUCUUCAUCCAUCAUAAAAACAACCGUUAUCUUUUGACAGUUGUUGAUUUUCAUUUUAUCAAUUCCUGCUCCAGUCUGCAAACCUGGGCAGUAUCACAGCCCACACACAAAUCAAGUGACUUGUAUGGCGCAUAUGUAUUCGGUGCCCCUUUGUACCAAUAUUUAUGUGUUCAAAUAAAUAAUAAAUAAAUGUUAUUAAUUAAUAACAAUGGCCCAUAAUGUCUGUAUAUUCCUUGUCUUUAUUUACUAGUAAACCUAUUGGAAAAUGAAAUUUAUGAAAGCCGAUUAUGAAACAGGCUUUAUUAAGCGUACUAUUUUAUUGCAUCUGCAAUUCUGUGGGAAGUCAUUUGAUCACCAAUGAAUAAGAGUAUUUACAAAUUUGGAGGCACCUUUUACAUGAACAUAGACACUUCAUGAUUCUAGAAUAGUCUGUACACUUUUUCAUGAUACUUAAAAUUGUUUAAAUAUACCAAAAUUCAUUUACUGGACUAUAUUGUCCAUUUUUUCUUAUUGAUUGUGCCACAAAUAAUGAAAAGAUGUACCGUCAAAUUUACAAAAGAUUGAUAUCUAUGAUUUCGUCAUCUUACUUUUUGGCUAGACGGAAUUUGUGGUUCUCAUUACAACAAAGAAAAACAUGAAACAGAUCAACAAGUUAUCUGGAGCUUUCUCCGUAACGAUCUAUUUUAUCAUUCUAGUGAGUAGAAUUAAAUGUCAGGAGGUCAUAGCCAGUCAAUCCAACAGUAAUCAGUCGCUAAUUAACAAUAGUUCCAAGGCAAACCCGAACGCUCCAUCGUUUACAGAGAGCUUGGGCUAUGGAUUUCUUUGUGUCACUCUAACUAAUUUAUGUGCUCUUGUAGGAAUUGUAUUUACGUUGCUUAAAAAAUAUCGUUUCUUCCCAACAAUACUUUCAUUUAUGGUGGCUACUGCUGUUGGUUCAUUAUUAUCAACUUCCAUUAUUGUACUUAUACCUGAGGCAUUACAAAUCAUUCAACCAACAGGUAAUAACAAUACAAAAGAUUCCGACUCGUAUGUUAUUAUUAAGUCGAUUACCGUAUGUAUUGGUGUAUUUUUCUUCUAUAUUUUGGAAUUCUUCCUACGUCUUAUUCCACAGUGUUUUCAGAAAAAGAAAACACAUUCGAAUGACAAAAGUCAAAAUGGGUUUCAUAUAGAUCAAUUUAAUCAUCAUCAUCAUCACCAUCAACUUUCUUAUCAUCAACAAGGAAGACCUUCACUGGUAAUACCUGUCGAACCAGUAGCAGAUGGUGAUAAAGAUGGGCCUAUUGUUGAGUUCACACCUAACCGUUCUAAUCAGUCGAAAACAAUGAACAGGUCUUUAGUAGGUGGUGAGACAGAUUUACAGUGUGAAUCGCCUCCAACUGAAGACGUAAUGAAUCAUCUGCCAUCAUACGAGGAACUUUCUACAGAACUUCAAAAACCUAGUAAUAAUAAACAAAUAAAUACACAACCAAUAAUCCAGUCAACCCAUACACUGAAAAAGCAUAAAAGUUGGCAAAAUAGACUACGUGAUUUAGAACCUGUUGCGUGGAUGAUUUUCAUUGGUGAUGGUGCCCAUAAUUUUAUGGAUGGACUUUCAAUAGGUGUUGGAUUUACUCAAAGUAUCGGUUUAGGAAUAAGUUUAACAUUGGCUGUUUUAUGUGAAGAACUCCCACAUGAAUUAGGUGAUAUUGCUGUACUUCUACGUUCUGGACUAACUGUACCAAUGGCUAUGUUAUUUAAUUUUAUUUCUGCGUGUUCAGCAUAUAUAGGAUUGUUUGUUGGUUUAUCUGUUGGUGAUCUAAAUGAUGUAGCACCGUAUGUGUUUGCUUUAACCGGUGGCUUCUUUAUGUAUAUUGCUCUUGCAGAUAUGCUUCCAGAAAUGCGUGCUAUGGAAGAUGCAAAACGAAUAGAGAACGGUAAUUGUUGGGCAAUGUUUCUCACAAAUCUUAUUGGUCUUCUAUUCGGUUUUGGCUGUAUUGUGACAAUUACAUUGACUAGUCAAUAUAUAAAUAUUUAAUUAUUAUUAUUAUUAUUAUUCUUUCGUAACUUAUAAAAUAUAAUGAAACAAUAAACUAAGAAUUUGUCAAUCCAAUGAUUUUCAUUGUGAUUUAUUAUUUUUUUUCUAUUUACCAUUUUAUUCGUCUGCUUUGUACUUUUCCAUUUAUUGUUUACUCUAUCUGUCUAUUGAAUCUUUCAUUAUUUUUAAAAUGAAUAACUUUUAUUCAAUUUUAAUCUAACUAUAUACAUGAUUGUUUCAAUUGUUUAAAUGUAAAAUCAUUUGUUUGUUUGUUUUUAUUUUUAAAAUUAUACUUUUUGUUUACUUCAAAUUGAUGAUUAUGCAGUCUGAAAUCUAUCCUCAUUAUUUUUUUCUCCCAUUUAUCCAUCAAUUAAUUAAUUGUCUCGUAUUUUAAUUUAGAGACAAAGAAAAACAAAAAACGCUAUUGGAUAAUUUAUCAGUUCUACUUUAAAAAAUCAUAAUGAUCAAUCUUGUUCACUAACGUUUCACUUAUAUUUUUUUAUUAUCAAUAAAAAGUAACUGUAUUUUGUGUGUAUGUGUAUCAGAAGUUCAUUUUGUUAUUACGUUUUGAUUGCAGUAGACAUAAACAUCUAGAUAAAUACAUAAACUUUAUAUAUAUAAUUUCUAGUCAAUUCAUUCUUGUAUCAUCUUGUAAUUCGUUGUUAUCUUUGUCGCUCUUAUUAUCAUUGAAAUUACUAUUAUUAAACAUAUGAAUAUCCAUUCAGAUUCUUUAGUAGAAUAUUGGGAUUAGUUAUUGUAGUGAUUUAUUUUGAGUACUGAUAUUAGAAACAGUUCAUCAAAUAGUCGUUCUUUAAUUUCUUGUUUAUUCUCUGUUGACUAGGUUAUCGUCGAUCAUACAGAGAUCACUUUAUAUAUAUAUAUAUAUAUAUAUAUAUAUAUAUAUAUAUAUAUAUAUAAUUUGCUCACUGUGAAUAUAUUGAUUAUUAUUAUUCUAUAAAUGCUAUCUGUAUUUUGUUUUUUUAUGAACUUAUUUUGUCUUUCUUUUCUCUACAACUGUUUUUUUUGGAAAAAUCUUUUUAUUUGUAUCUUUGCUAUUGUUAUUAUUAAUAAUAAUGUCACUGCUGCCAAUAAGAUAACACUAAUAAUACCGUUGUUUUAUAAUAAUAAUUAUUAUUAUCAUUAUUACAAAUAGUAUUAUUUAUACACUGGAAUGUUGUUAUAGAAGUUACUUGACAAAUGGUAUUUGAAUGUAAACAGAUGAGCAGUAUUUUUUUUAAUCAUUU